UCUGUGCCUGCCCUCCUCUCGCUGGUGACUGCAACGUCACUUGCUCGAUUCACACUGUCCAGAUAUUCGAAUUAUUAUGAUCGUGUCAUCGCCCUAGUCAACUACAAAUAUCACGGUAAUGACACUCCCUCCCACCAGAAUUGGACGGUCGAUUUACUUGCAGCUUUGUCCUCGUAUCCAGUCAACCUUCGCCUACAAGGGCAUUAUUCAGCCACCCAAUCGCAGCAUGGCUUCCUCAGCUAAGGCGUCCUCGAGGCUGCUUGAUGUAAAAGACAGCGAAUGGAAACCUGCCUUCAUCUACGGAACGGCAUGGAAGAAAGAGAGAACAGCAGAACUAGUCAAGUUAGCAGUCCAGAAUGGCUACCGAAGCAUCGAUACUGCCGCACAACCCAAGCACUACCAAGAAGACCUGGUCGGAGAUGCCCUGAGGGAAGUAUAUGCUCAAAAUGUGGUGGCGAGGAAAGAUCUCUACGUCCAAACCAAGUACACCACCCCGGCCGGUCAAGACCCCAGCAAUAUGCCUUACGAUGCAUCUGCGCCUCUCGAAGAUCAGAUCCACACUUCGGUCGCAUCAUCUCUCAAGAACUUACGGCCAAGUCCAAGCUCCGAGGAAGACUCCUAUGUUGACGCCUUGCUUCUGCACUCGCCUCUUCCGACGGUGGAGCAGACUCUGCAGGCAUGGAGUAUCCUGGAGUCGUACGUGCCAGGCAAGAUACGCAGUUUGGGAAUCUCGAAUGUGACGCUGCCAGUACUCAAAUCCAUCUAUGAGAACUCUACUGUUAAGCCUUCGGUCGUGCAGAACCGUUUCUAUCCUCAAACCCGAUACGACGGUCUUUUGCGGGCCUUUUGCAGUCAGCAUGGUAUUACUUAUCAGUCGUUUUGGACAUUGACGGGAAAUCCUCGCUUGCUCAAAUCGGAGCCCGUGGUACAACUGUCUAACGACGUGGGUGUGAGCAAUGAAGCCGCCCUCUACGCGCUGGUAAUGGAUCAAGGCAUCGUCGUUCUGAACGGCACAACAUCGGUGAAGCACAUGGAAGAUGAUGCGAGUGGAAUCAGAAAGGUUCGUGAGUGGGCUCAGAGUAACGACAGAGAAUGGUCUGCGAUUGUCGAGGCGUUUGGCAGGGCGAUAAGCUCUAAUUUGGUCUAA